AUGUGCGUAUUAGAGCUCAUUCAUCUAUUCGUGGAGGUGUUGGAUGGCUACUUCGGCAAUGUAUGCGAACUUGAUCUGGUAUUCCAUUUCGAUAAGGUGUAUCACAUACUGGACGAGUUAUUACUAGAUGGCGAGAUAGAGGAUACUAGUUCUGCAGUGAUACUAGAAAAGCUUCGACAGUCCGAUAAGCUAGAUUAA